GGACGGCGGAGCAGCAGCGCCUCGGACUGAUCCCGGCUCCCGGCGCUGCGUUGCAGGCGCAGGGAGCGGCUAGGGAGGGCUGGAGAGCGCGCCCGGCCGGGCCCCGCCGCCGCCCCAGCUCCUCACGCCCCUCCCGCUCCAUGGCUCCGCGGCCGCCGCCGACCUCGCCGCACUCCAGCCGGGAGGGGCCUCGCGGCUGCGGGUGCAAACCCCCGGUGAAGGACUAAGCGGCACCACCGCCUCCUCGCCGCCACCCCCACCCCCAACCAAAGCUGAGCGGAGGAAAGGGCGAGCACCAGAGCCAGCAGGGGCUCCUCGCGCCGCGGGCAGUCCAGCCCGGAGGAGGCUGCGCCCGAGACGGCGGCGAGGAGCGCGGGGCCAGCGGCUGCUGAGCGGCCUCCGCGCCCCGGCCAGCCCCAAGCACCUGCCCGAGCCCAGCACCCUGCUCACCUGGCCCCGGAGGCCCCUCCCAGUCCCCGCAGUCCCAGCCGCCGCAGCCUGAGCGGGGCUCCGCGGGCCUCCAGCGCGGCCGGGUCUAAUAUGCCCGGAGCCAAGGCGCGAUGAAGGAGAAGUCCAAGAAUGCGGCCAAGACCAGGAGGGAGAAGGAAAAUGGCGAGUUUUACGAGCUGGCCAAGCUGCUCCCGCUGCCGUCGGCCAUCACCUCGCAGCUGGACAAGGCGUCCAUCAUACGGCUCACCACCAGCUACCUGAAAAUGCGCGCCGUCUUCCCCGAAGGUUUGGGAGAUGCAUGGGGACAGCCAAGCCGUGCCGGGCCCCUGGACAGCAUGGCCAAGGAGCUGGGAUCUCACUUGCUGCAGACUUUGGAUGGAUUUGUUUUUGUGGUAGCAUCUGACGGCAAAAUCAUGUAUAUCUCGGAAACAGCUUCUGUACAUUUAGGCUUGUCACAGGUGGAGCUCACGGGCAACAGUAUUUAUGAGUACAUCCAUCCUUCCGACCAUGAUGAGAUGACAGCUGUCCUUGCAGCUCACCAGCCUCUUCAUCAUCACCUUCUCCAAGAGUAUGAGAUAGAGCGGUCGUUUUUUCUUCGAAUGAAGUGUGUCUUGGCGAAAAGGAACGCGGGCCUGACAUGCAGUGGCUACAAGGUCAUCCACUGCAGUGGCUAUUUGAAGAUCAGGCAGUAUAUGCUGGACAUGUCCCUGUAUGACUCCUGUUACCAGAUCGUGGGGCUGGUGGCCGUGGGCCAGUCGCUGCCGCCAAGUGCCAUCACGGAGAUCAAACUACACAGUAACAUGUUCAUGUUCAGGGCCAGCCUCGACCUGAAGCUGAUAUUCCUGGAUUCCAGGGUGACCGAGCUGACGGGGUACGAGCCACAGGACCUGAUCGAGAAGAAGCUCUACCACCACGUGCAUGGCUGUGACGUGUUCCACCUCCGCUACUCGCACCACCUCUUGCUGGUGAAGGGCCAGGUCACCACCAAGUACUACCGGCUGCUCUCCAAGCUGGGCGGCUGGGUGUGGGUGCAGAGCUACGCCACCGUCGUGCACAACAGCCGCUCCUCCCGGCCCCACUGCAUCGUGAGUGUCAAUUAUGUCCUCACGGAUAUUGAAUACAAACAGCUUCAGCUGUCCCUGGACCAGGUGUCCACUUCCAAGUCCCAGGAUUCCUGGAGGACCACCCUGUCUACCUCACAAGAAACUAGGAAAUUAGCUAAACCCAAAAAUACGAAGGUGAAGACAAAGCUGAGAACAAACCCUUACCCUCCCCAGCAAUACAGCUCGUUCCAAAUGAACAAACUGGACUGCAGCCAGCUGGGACCCUGGAGAACCAGCCCCACAGUGACCACCCCAGCACCCCCGGAACAGCAGCUCCAUUCAGAGAGCAGUGACCUUUUGUACGCCCCGCCCUACAGCCUGCCCUUCUCCUACCACUACGGACACUUCCCUUUAGACUCUCACGUCUUCAGCAGCAAAAAGCCAAUGUUGCCAUCCAAGUUCGGGCAGCCGCAAGGGUCCCCGUGUGAGGUGGCACGCUUCUUCCUGAGCACGCUGCCCACAGGCAGCGAGUGCCAGUGGCAUUAUGCCAACCCCUUAGUGCCUAGCAGCCCGUCUCCAGCUAAGAACCUCCCCGAACCGCCAGUGAACAUUGCUCGCCAUGGUCUCAUGCCAAACUACGAAGCGCCCGCCGCCGCGCGCAGGUUCGGGGAGGACGCUGCGCCCCCGCCGCCGCCGCCACCGCCGCCGCCGCCGAGCUUCCCGAGCUGCGGCCACUACCGCGAGGAGACCGCGCUGGGUCCGGCCAAGACCGCCCGCCAGGCUGCCCGCGACGGCGCCCGCCUGGGGCUGGCCCGCACCCCAGCGCCCGAGUGCUGCCCGCCGCCCGCCGAGCCCCCGGCGGCGCCCGCGGCCCAGCUGCCCUUCGUGCUGCUCAACUACCACCGCGUGCUGGCCCGGCGCGGGCCGCUGGGGGGCGCCGCAACCGCCGCGCCCGGCCUCGCCUGCGGCCCCGGCGGCCCCGAGGCGGCGGCCGGCGCGGUGCGGCCUCGGCCCCUCAGCCCCCACAGCGCCUCGCCGCCCGGCGCGCCCCUGCCGCACUACCUGGGCGCCUCGGUCAUCAUCACCAACGGCAGGUGACUCGCCGGGCCGGGCCGCGGGGACGCACAGGACCGCGCAGGCUGCCCGCAGGGAGAAGCCGUAGGCCAGGCCUUCUGCGAUUCCUAUCUUACCGAGUCCAGCCGACUUAAGACGGACGAGCCGUAUCUGCCCGACAUAAAUUAAUUUAUACAGAGACAACUAUUUUAAUAGAACUCGGCAGCCGAGUUUUAGAUUUUUACCGUGGAUGCCAUAAACGCCGCUGGAGAGGACUGAGACACGGCCUAAUGUUUGGGAGAAAUAAUCGCUCAACCUUCGUUGCUCCCAAGAGUCGGCCUUUCUGAAAGGGCCUAGCUGGGGGUCCCCGAUGCCCCACGUGUGACCUCAAACUACCCAGUCCUCGGGGGGACUUACGAGCUUCCUCACCUUGAAAUCAGACUUGUGUGCCUUGCUUUGCCCACAGGGCUCAGAAAAGUCCCACAGGGGAGGUUUCAGGAGUUCCAACUCUGCAAAUGUUCCCACUUUAAGGAGAAAAACAAAAACAAACAAACAAAAAACCCCACCCUGAUAUAGUCGGAUGUAUCCAGGCGGAUGGCCAAUCUGGGAGGAGGAGGCCUCUGUACCAGGGCCCUUCGGGUUCGUAAGCAAAAGCAGAAUAUGAUUACUUUAAGUUCCAAGAGCAGACAAUAAUGCCACUGCCUUUAAGUCAUUCAUGAGUCUCAUUAAAGCCUUUAAAAAAAAAACUUAACCCUUGUUUCCAUACAAAAAUCAAUAAACCAAGAGGAAGGGGUUAACAUGCAAUUCUGUGUUCUAUGUGUGUGAACAUCGAUGUACUUGGACAUGUUGUUAACAAGCUCUUAUUUCCCCUGAACCUCUGUGAACUCUUGAUAACACCAAUAGCACCUUCAGAAUAUAUUGACUAGGCAUUAAAUGCAAUAUAUAUAGCUCCAGAUAGUUUAUGAGAAUGGCAGUGCCCAGUGCUAUUGGUGACCCCUGUCAAGUUUAAUUAUAUGACAGAAUCCCUCUGGCCCACACAGGUCUGUAAUUCACUAGGCUUCUGUUUGCUACAAGUAGUGCUGAUACAAGUGAGUUGAAUUGCGUGUGCAAUAUGGAAAACUGGAAGGCACCUUGUGGAAGAAAAAUGUGUGAAAGGGAUGUAAUGAAAAUGAUGUAUACAUUCUCUUAAGCAUUUUAUAUAUAGCAAGAAAACUUCAUAGGAACAUGUAAUGUGUGUAACAGGUAAACUGAAAUCCUUUUAUAAAACAUCAACAGUGUUUUAAAAAUAAACUUCCAUU